GGGAAGGGGGGAAAAAAAAAAGGCAGCUCAGCCUGCCUAGAGCAGACAAGAAAGGGAGGAAGAGGAGGAAAAAAAUCCCCUCUCUGCCAGAGCCUGGCUGGCCCUUCCCUUUCCGUGGGCUCUCCAAGCCUCUCCCCACCGCGGAUGGCUGCAGCCCCCUGCAGCUGAGUCAGUCCCUGCCCUCCCGCAGCACUGCAGCACCCGCAGCUCCUUGCAGCACCCGCAGCACCGCAACAGCAACAGCAGCCACAGCAGCAGCAUGGCCAGCACCGUCUCAGCCUACAAGGAGAAAAUGAAGGAGCUGUCUCUGCUCUCCCUCAUCUGCUCCUGCUUCCACACCCAGCCCCACCCUAACACCAUCUACCAGUAUGGAGAUAUGGAGGUGAAGCAGCUGGAUAAGAGGGCAUCAGGCCAGAGCUUUGAAGUGAUCCUGAAGUCCCCUUCAGAUUUGUCUCCUGAGAGCCCCAUCCUUUCCUCCCCCCCCAAGAAGAAGGACCUGUCCCUGGAGGAGCUGCAGAGGAGGCUGGAGGCUGCAGAAGAGAGGAGGAAGACUCAGGAGGCCCAGGUGCUGAAGCAGCUGGCUGAGAAGAGGGAACAUGAACGGGAAGUGCUGCACAAGGCGCUGGAGGAGAACAACAACUUCAGCCGCCUGGCCGAGGAGAAGCUCAACUACAAGAUGGAGCUGAGCAGGGAGAUCCGUGAAGCACAUCUGGCUGCCUUGAGGGAGAGGCUCCGUGAGAAGGAGCUGCACGCAGCCGAGGUGCGCAGGAACAAGGAGCAGCGAGAGGAGAUCUCUGGCUAAGAAGCUUUUCUACACAUCUAGCACCUGGUUCCUCUUACCAACCCAACCCAUCCACCUCCCAACACCUUUUCUUUUCUUUGUCUUAGAUGCAGCAUUGGGUUCUCCAUCCCCCACCCCCACCUCUCCCCCCAGUGUUUGUCCCCCAGCUACACACUCCUCUCUCUCUGCAUCCUUCAUCCUUCAGUGCUUGUGGGGAUCUUAGGGAUCUCUGAGCAGGUAACCACUAAUUCAUGGGGAACAGAGAAUCAAUUGAUGGCUCAAUCAACCCAGCAGCUUCUUUGGAGGGUUUGGUCCUUUUAUAGGGGGGAAAAAAAGUCUUAAAGUGAUAUAAAACAAACAAAAAACCUCCAAAGAAUUAUAGAGGGGAAAAAAAAAACAUGAAGUGAUGUAAAACAAAGAAGGAAAAUCAAGCCCUGAAUAAAUCCACCCAGCAGUGGCAUGGAGCUACA